CUCUUCAAAGACUUUGCUCAGGCUCUUGUCUCAUGUGACUCACUCUGCCUAUCCCGUUCUGUUUACCAAGGCUCAUUAGCUAUGGCAAGUACUUCAGUUUAUAUCUCAUGUUGCCGUCCUGCUGCUCUGCUCUUCCACUUUUUCCCAGCCUCACUACUACAGCUGGCACUCACUUGACUUCACGACAGCACAAACCCUCAAACACCCAUAUACAAUGGCACACAAGCACAACCGCAGAAGGGUUCGCACUCGCAGCCGGAAUAACAAUUUUCUGAAAUUUACCUACGAUCUAUCGGACAACACCAUCACCUCGCUCAAGCCGUCUGCGCCUUAUCCCGCUUCUAUUCCAGAGACAAGCCCAAAACAACCUUCACUCCCUCCAAUGCUGCGGAAUCCGAGUACCACUGUGACCGCGAAGCAUUGGCAGAACAGAUACGUGGCCUGGCAGAACCGAGACAUGGCACAAAUUCGGGAGGCUGUCAAGCUCGAGGCUGAACAAAUUAAAUUGUUUGGUGGCGAGCCAGGCGACGAUGUCGGGCUCUGCUAUAAGAUGAUGGAACUAUUUGAGAGAAUGAAUUGGAUUGAUACCCUGGACUAGGAAUGGACAUGAAUCACUCGGCGUUGAUUGGGUUUGUGACUGGUUUUUGCAACUCAUCUCAGACGAAGGGAUCAUCUCGACUUCCCUCUCACUGGAACAGAACAACUCAAGUUCGACUUGUAGCAAUGAAGGCGACCAAAAGUGGACUGAUUGGUCUUUUAUUAUGCUUGACCCGGCACUGCUGAGUAAAGAUGAAGCUAUUGGCACGCAGUGACUGGUGCUCGCGCAUAACCUCGACACGAAAUAGCGCUUGAGCUCGUUGCUGCCAGUCAAGGACAUUUGAUGGAAGAGAUGAAUUCCCCUCCUCGAUAGCUGUAUUUUAAUAUGUCACUACUCCUCAGCCGCGUGCUCUGCUGAUUAUUUAUUUCAUGCAUGCUGUGAUGUUCUGUUAAGUGCGAUCUUAGUCCCGUGAUAUACAGACGGUCAGUAACGGU